GACGGGGCUUAUUUAGGACGAACGGCGCCGUUUCGGACUCAGUCCAGUGUCUCAGUCUACUCUGCUCUGCAGUUUCGGUUGGGUCUCACACUGACACACUCCAUAGCCGAUUUACUCUGAUCUUCAGCGUACAGUGGCUCACUGAGUCAACUCGUUAUUCCCAAAUGGUUCCGUGCAGACUCCUUCUCCUCACUCUCGCCUCGCUUCUUCUUUUCUCCCGCUUAAACUCUCCCUCUCUUGCCAAGACCACCGCCGACGAUGAUGAUGAAGAAGACCUCAGCUUUCUCGAAUCUGACGACGAAUCUUACGGCUCCUCGGAAGUCGCUCCCCAGUUGGAUUCAGAGUUUGGCAGCGACGACGAAUUCGAGGAUGACGAUGACGACCAUUUCGACAGCUACGACGACUUUGACGUUCCGCAGGGGUUUGGUGACGGAGAGGAGGAGGAGGACGGGCCGAAGGUAGACGAAAAGGACGUAUUUGUUUUGACGGAUAGAAACUUCAGCGAUUUCGUGGAGAUUAACAAGUAUGUGAUGGUGGAGUUUUACGCGCCGUGGUGCAAGCAUUGCCAGAAUCUUGCCCCUGAAUACGCCGCCGCCGCGACUGAGCUUAAUCCAGAGAAUGUGACGCUUGUUAAGGUCGAUGCCACCAAGGAGAAUGAGCUCGCCGAGAACUAUGAGGUCCAGGGUUUCCCUUCUGUUUUCUUCUUUGUUGACGGUGAGCAUAAACCCUACAAUGGCCCAAGAACCAAAGAUGCAAUUGUGACUUGGAUCAAGAAGAGGAUUGGGCCUGGAGUAUACAAUAUAACCUCAACUGAGGAUGCAGAAAGGAUAUUAACUACUGAAAGCAAAUUUGUUUUGGGAUUCUUUGAUUCUUUGGUGGGUCCUACAAGUGAGGAGUUUGCUGCUGCCUCAAAACUAGAAGAUGACAUUAACUUCUUCCAGACAGAUGACCCUAAUGUUGCCAAAUUUUUCCACAUAGAACCUACUGUGGAACGCCCCACUUUGGUCAUGCUUAAGAAGGAAGAAGAAAAGGUUGCCCAUUAUGAGGGUGUCUUCACGAAGUUUGCUAUAGGUGCAUUUGUUUCUGCAAACAAGCUUCCUUUGGUGAUAACAUUCACUAGAGAGAGUGCACCUUUACUCUUUGAAAGUCCAAUCAAGAAACAGGUGAUGCUAUUUACCACUGCAAAUGAUACUGCAACGUUCUUGCCGAUCUUCCAAAAUGCUGCAAAGUUCUUCAAGGGAAAGCUUCUAUUUGUAUAUAUCAAAAUGGACGACGAAGAGGUUGGAAGGCCAGUGGCAGAUUAUUUUGGAGUUGAUGGGGAUGCUUCAAAGGUACUUGGAUACUCAGGAAACGAUGAUGCUAAGAAAUAUAUCUUUGACAGAGAGAUUACACUCGAGAACAUUAAGGAAUUUGCUGCUGAUUUUGUGGAAGACAAACUGAAACCGUUCUACAAAUCAGAUCCUAUUCCUGAGAUUAACGAAGAUGAUGUAAAAAUAGUUGUGGGAAAUAAUUUUGAAGAAAUAGUUUUGGACAAUUCAAAAGAUGUUCUCCUUGAGAUAUACGCACCAUGGUGUGGACAUUGCCAAGCUCUAGAACCAACAUACAACAAGCUUGCCAAGCAUUUACGUUCCAUUGAGUCUCUUGUCAUUGCUAAAAUGGAUGGAACUACAAAUGAACAUCCUAAAGCCAAGGCUGGAGGAUUUCCCACCCUUCUUUUCUUCCCGGCUGGAAACAAGUCUUCUGAUCCAAUUACUGUCGACUCUGAUAGGACGGUGGUGGCAUUGUACAAGUUCAUCAAGAAACACGCAGCUGUCCCCUUCAAGCUCGAGAAGCCAUCAACUGCUGACACGUCUGAGAAGGCCGAAGACGAUAAACACCGGGAUAGUAAUUUAAAGGAUGAAUUAUGAGUAAUGCAUUGUAUUAGAGGCAUACAGGUCAAGACAGUAGGGAUAAAGGAUGGGUUUACAUUAAUUCAAUUUUCUCGGGUUAGCAAUAAUGCAACUCUCUUUUAACAUUUGAGGAUUUUGAGCACGCUGCAUUUAUUGAAUGUAGAGUGACUUAGGCAAACCCUAAAAACUAAAGCAUGCUAUUUAAUACUCGGUACAU